AUGAUUGCGCUAUCAGACUUCGCAACAUAUGUCGCCUUGACGGUAUCAAUCAUUUUUGUCUCUCGGUUUCUGUGGAAUUACAUCCGCUCCCCAUUGAAAUCAUUUCCUGGCCCUGCUGCGACUGGUUUCACCAAUAUUUGGCGGAUGCGAGAUGUCUAUAAAGGACGUUGUGAUAUCACACAGAAUGCGCUGCACCGCAAAUAUGGAUCCGCCGUUCGAAUGGGACCCAAAAUGCUCAGUCUUUCUGAUCCGAACUUGAUCGGACAAGUGUAUAACACUAAGAGUCCAUGGCUGAAGAGUGAUAUGUACAAUGUGAAUGAUGUCGUUGUCUCAGGACUUCGCUUGAAGAACCUCUUCUCUACGCAGGAUGAAAAGUGGCACUCGACUUUUAUUCGUCCUAUCAAUAGUCUGUACUCUAUGAGCAGAGUUCAAGAAGCUGAGCAUAAUGUGGAUAUCACCAUUGAGCUCUUUCUCGAAAAGCUGCGUAUCAAUUUCGUCCAUCCUGACAAGCUGUGUGAAAUGUCAGACUGGUGUAACUUUUUUGCAUGGGAUGCUAUGAGUCAAGCCACAUUCUCACAAGAUUUGGGCAUCCUUGAGGCUGGUAGUGACUAUAAGGGAUUUUUGGGAAGAUCCAAUCAAACACUUGACUAUUUUUCUUCGAUAUGUCAAAUCCCAUUGUUGGAUUUGCUCCUUGAUAAGAACCCAAUCAUGCGCAUCGGACCACCAACCUUUGUCUGGGCCAAUAUCUUCAGUCUAGAGAAACUCCAAGAGCGCUACCAAGAGCGCAGCAAAAACGCAGUCCCAAAGGUUGACUUUUUAUCGAAGUUCCUGGAAAUCAAAGAGAAGAACCCCGAGCUUGUGGAUGACAACGUCGUCAUUUUGUGGCUCCUCUCCAACGUUCUCGCGGGCAGCGAUUCCACUGGAAGCACCAUUUGCGCCACAAUCUUCCACGUUCUCAAGAAACCCGCCGUCUACAAAAAGCUCUGCGCCGAACUUCGCGCAGCGAAUCUCUCUUUACCCGCGAAAUGGAAAGACAUUCAAGGACUGGAGUACCUGGAAGCCGUCAUGCGCGAGGCUAUGCGCGUUCACCCCGGCGUUGGACUUAUACUAGAACGCGUCGUUCCCAAGGGUGGCCUGACUCUUCCUGACGGCCGGUUUGUACCAGAGGGAACCAUUGUUGGAAUGAAUCCGUGGGUCAUUAAUCGGAACGAGACAGUGUUUGGAGCCAAUACGGAGGAGUUUAUCCCUGAGCGCUGGUUACAGGGUUCUGAAGAGUCCGACGAGACGUAUCAAGCGCGAUUUAAGAAGAUGAAGAGUACCGAUUUUACAUUUGGUGCUGGAUCGCGGACUUGUUUGGGACGACACAUGUCGCAGUUGGAGAGCUUUAAGCUCAUUGCGACUCUGUUCAGUACCUUUGAUAUGGAGCUUCCGAGCCUUGACCACCAGUGGCAGGUUACCAAUUCGUGGUUUUUGCGACAGACUGAUGUUCCUGUUCGCCUGAUGGAGCGCCGGGACCAGGACCAGAAGGUUACUGAGAUUUCUUGUCUUCUCUAA